AUGCCUUUCUUCUCCAAGUCGCGCUCUUCUGUCGUCUCUGACGCUUCUUCCAUGAGUUCUGGCUCAUCCGCAUCCCUACUCGUCGCCCAGGACAAAAAGCCCUCGUCCGGAAAGGACUACUCUGCCGCUUUUGGCGCGCUAUCGUCGAAAUACGGUCUCUCUGGCUCGGCUGCACCAGCGUUUAACGUAUCCCUACCCAAGGGUUCGAAUCCCCAAUCCCAAUCUGCGCCGUCCUCGAGCUCGAAUGUCAAAAAGGUUCGAGCCAAGGAAUUCGGUGCUAUUUCGAACAAAUACGGUGCAAUCGGUUAUGGAAGCAUGUCUUCCAUCGUAUGA